AUGGGACGGACAUCAAAGGACAAACGGGAUGUCUACUACCGCCUGGCCAAGGAGAGGGGCUGGCGGGCUCGCAGCGCCUUCAAACUGCUUCAGCUGGAUGAGGAAUUUCAUCUCUUCCGAGGCGUGACCCGGGCAGUUGACCUGUGUGCAGCCCCAGGCAGCUGGAGUCAAGUACUGAGCCAGAAGAUUGGGAGUUUGGGUUCCCGCCAUGUGGUGGCCGUGGACCAGCAGGCUAUGGCUCCACUGCCGGGCGUGUUACAGAUACAGGGGGACAUCACCCAGCUGUCCACAGCACAGGAGAUCAUCCAGCACUUUGACGGUUGCCCUGCAGACCUAGUGGUGUGCGAUGGGGCUCCCGAUGUAACUGGCCUCCAUGAUGUCGAUGAGUACAUGCAGGCCCAGCUCCUCCUAGCUGCUCUGAACAUUACCACACAUGUUUUGAAGCCUGGAGGCUGCUUUGUGGCCAAGAUAUUCCGAGGCCGCGACGUGACACUGAUCUACAGCCAGCUACGUGUCUUCUUCUCUAACGUCGUCUGUGCCAAGCCCAGGAGCAGCCGGAAUUCCAGCAUUGAGGCCUUCGCUGUCUGUCAGGGUUAUGACCCCCCUGAAGGCUUCCUGCCAGACCUGACCAAACCCUUGCUGGACCACUCUUACGACCCAGAUUUCAAUCAGCUGGAUGGCCCUACCCGCAUCAUCGUACCAUUUGUGACCUGUGGGAACCUGAGCUCCUAUGAUUCAGACCGCAGCUACCCAUUAGACCUAGAAGACAGCUCAGAGUACAAGUACACCCCACCCACGCAGCCCCCAAUCUCUCCGCCAUACCAGGAGGCCUGCAUGCUGAAGAAGAAGGGGCUGCUAGCCAAGAAGAUCCGCCCCCAGGACUGCCCGUCACCCUAG